UUGCUGCAAAAGACACUUCUCUGCUGCUGGAAAGGUGACGGAGUGCACAAACAUUUUUUUUAAGUAAUAAUUUUUCAAGUGCUAAAAACGUGAAAAAAAAAAUAAAAAUAUAGAGAAAAAAGUUUAGAGGAACUAAUUAAACAAUGACGAAAUUUUUUGCCAUUGCAUUAUUUUGUGCGCUGGCAGUAGCAACUGCGUCUGCAACAAACAGAUACAAGAGACAAUCAGAAGAUUCGUCAAAGAAAGAGGAAUCUUUCGAGCAAGAGUUAUGCAAAGACAAAGAUGCUGGCGAAUGGUUCAGAUUAGUUGCUGGUGAAGGCGACAAUUGUCGUGAUGUCAUCCAAUGUACAUCAUCGGGUCUUCAAGCCAUUCGUUGUCCGGCCGGUCUUUACUUUGACAUUGAAAAGCAAACAUGCGAUUGGAAAGCUGCCGUCAAGAACUGCAAGUCGAAGAACAAGGAACGCAAAGUGAAACCGUUGCUCGUGACGGACGAGCCAUUGUGCACAGACGGCUCCCUGGCAUGCGGCGACGGCACCUGCAUCGAGCGCGGACUCUUCUGCAACGGCGAAAAAGACUGCACCGACGGCUCCGAUGAAAAUUCAUGCGACAUCGAUAACGAUCCAAAUCGCGCUCCACCAUGCGAUCCCGCGGUCUGUGUCUUGCCCGAUUGCUUCUGUUCUGAAGACGGAACUUCCGUUCCCGGUGAUUUGGCGCCCAAAGAUGUUCCUAUGAUGAUCACAAUCACGUUCGAUGAUGCCAUCAACAACAACAACAUUCAAUUGUACAAGGAUAUCUUUGAUGGAAAACGCAAGAACCCCAACGGAUGUGACAUCAAGGCCACUUUCUUCGUCUCGCACAAGUACAGCAACUACUCUGCCGUGCAGGAAACGCAUCGCAAAGGACACGAAAUUGCCGUGCACUCAAUUACACACAACGACGAUGAACGUUUCUGGUCGAACGCAACUGUCGAUGAUUGGGCAAAAGAAAUGGCUGGCAUGCGUAUCAUUAUCGAAAAGUAUGCCAAUAUUACGGAUAACUCGGUAGUUGGUGUGCGUGCCCCAUAUUUGCGUGUCGGUGGCAACAACCAAUUCACGAUGAUGGAAGAACAAGCAUUCUUGUAUGACUCCACAAUCACUGCCCCGUUGUCGAAUCCCCCAUUGUGGCCAUACACCAUGUACUUCCGCAUGCCACAUCGCUGCCACGGAAACUUGCAAAGUUGUCCAACGCGUUCGCAUGCCGUCUGGGAAAUGGUGAUGAAUGAGCUCGAUCGUCGUGAAGAUCCCUCAAAUGACGAAUACUUGCCCGGAUGCGCCAUGGUUGACUCCUGCAGCAACAUCUUGACCGGCGACCAAUUCUACAACUUUUUGACGCACAACUUUGAUCGUCACUACGACCAAAAUCGUGCGCCUCUCGGUUUGUACUUCCACGCUGCCUGGUUGAAGAACAAUCCCGAAUUCUUGGAUGCCUUCUUGUACUGGAUCGACGAGAUUUUGGCCAAUCACAACGACGUCUACUUCGUUACCAUGACACAAGUUAUCCAGUGGAUCCAGAACCCACGUACCGUCUCGGAGGUCAAGAACUUUGAGCCAUGGAAGGAAAAGUGCAGCGUUGAGGGACAACAAGCCUGCUGGGUGCCAAAUUCAUGCAAAUUGACGUCGAAGGAAGUUCCCGGGGAAACCAUCAACUUGCAAACUUGCGUCAGAUGUCCCAACAACUAUCCAUGGGUGAACGAUCCAACUGGUGACGGAUACUUCUAAGCCACACAAGACUCCCGCAACUUUCAAAUUUUAUCCUAAAACGUUGACAAGAAGGCCUUCUAAUAUAUCAUUCAUCACGUCAGAGCUCAUGUAACAUCUUGGUGAUGCGCAAUAAAAUUUAUUAAAAAAAAAUGUCUUGUCAAGAGAAUUAGACUAAAAAAAUGUUAGAAGACCAAAAUUUUUAUUUAUCAAGUUUUAUACUACCUACUCUUACUUUAUUAAAUAAUAUUCAGGCUAAUAAAUAUAGAAAAAAAAUGUAAAUACCCAAAAUCAAAUUUUUCACCCCAAAUGCCCUCUUUAAAAAAAUAUUUUUUUUUUAUUUCGAUCGAAAAUACUCACACAAGAAAUACACGAAUUGCAAUUAUUA